AAUUUAAACUCAGGUCCUCCUGAAUCCAGGGCCGGUACUCUAUUCACUGCGCCACCUAGCUACCCGGUGAGAUGCGUUUUUAAACAUUUUAUCAAUAAACUUUGCCUUGACGAAAAAAAAGGCGUCCAAAGGGCGGGACUUGUAGUCGUUCGGCGAGGUGGGUUAGGGUAGGGGAAAGGCAGCUCAGGCGGCCCGGCACGUGGGGGCCGCUCCGGAACCCAAACAACACCACGUGGCGGGGCCGGCGGCGUGACGACACGCGCACGGGACGCCCGCCGCCGUACCCUUGUUGAAGGGGCCGUAAAGCGCGAAAGGUCGGGAGCUCGAGAUCCUCCCGCCCCUUCCGCACCCUCCCUGCCCUCCCGAGCCGGAGCCGACCCUCCGGAGCUCUCCUGCCGCCUCCUAUAGCUCGCUCCUCGGCGGGGCCGUGAGUUUCUCCCUCUCUAGGUUGAAUUCUAUGGCUCGCUUCCUCUUCUGUGAGUGAAGAUCACAUUUCUGGAAAGUUGACAAACAAAAGCCAUCAUGUUUUUCCGGUCGCUGUGUGAUAUUCGGUGGCAGAGAGCCAGUCAGAGAUGGCGGAACAGGGCCCAGUCAGGGCGCCACAUUUCUGCCGUUACAGAGUCUCAGCCUUCUAUCUCACUCCCCAGCCAUGCUCAGGUGGUCAUCUGUGGGGGUGGAAUUAUGGGCACGUCUGUAGCCUAUCACCUUUCCAAAUUGGGCUGGAAGGAUAUUCUCCUGUUGGAACAGGGCAGGCUGGCUGCUGGAUCCACCAGGUUUUGUGCAGGCAUUGUUAGUUCAGCUAGGCACUUUACCUUAAACCAAAAGAUGGCCGAUUAUUCAAACAAACUCUAUCAACAGCUAGAGCAGGAGACAGGUAUUCAGACAGGCUACAUAAGGACAGGCUCAAUCUUGUUGGCUCAGACUCAGGAUCGACUGAUCUCUUUGAAGCGAAUCAACUCGAGACUGAGCGUAAUGGGCAUCCCUUCUGAAAUCAUCUCACCCAAGAGAGUGGCUGAGCUUUACCCACUCAUUAGCAUCCAUGACCUGGUGGGGGCCAUGCAUGUGCCUGAGGAUGCAGUGGUAUCACCAGCUGAUGUGACUCUUGCAUUGGCAAGUGCUGCCUCUCAAAAUGGUGUUCAGAUCCGUGACAGAACAAGUGUUGUUCAUGUGAUGGUCAAAAAGGGUCAUGUGACAGGAGUAGAAACGGAUAGAGGAGACGUUGAAUGCCAGUAUUUUGUCAACUGUGCCGGUCAGUGGGCUUACGAGCUGGGUCUGUCCAACGAAGAGCCGGUUAAUAUCCCGUUACAUGCCUGUGAACACUUCUACCUUCUGACUCGUCCCCUGGAGACCCCACUGCUGAGCACCACACCAACUAUUGUGGAUUCAGAUGGAAGGAUAUACAUUCGGAACUGGCAAGGCGGUAUCCUAUCUGGAGGCUUUGAAAAGAACCCUAAACCCAUCUUUACUGAGGGCAAGAACCAGCUAGACAUUCAGAAUCUACAUGAAGACUGGGAUCAUUUUGAGCCUCUGCUGAGCUCCCUGCUGCGCAGGAUGCCAGCCUUGGAAACUCUAGAAAUUAUGAAGUUGGUGAACUGCCCUGAGACCUUUACACCAGACAUGAGGUGCAUCAUGGGGGAGUCUCCAAAUGUGCAGGGUUACUUCGUACUAGCUGGAAUGAACUCUGCCGGAACGUCAUUUGCUGGAGGAGCAGGGAAGUACCUUGCUGAAUGGAUAGUUCAUGGUUAUCCUUCUGAAAAUGUAUGGAGUUUGGACUUGAAAAGAUUUGGGGCUCUGCAGAGCAGCCGUACCUUCCUCCGCCACCGUGUCAUGGAAGUGAUGCCCCUGUUAUGUGAUCUUAAGGUACCGAGAUGGGAUUUCCAGACUGGUCGGCAGCUGCGCACAUCUCCCCUUUACGACCGUUUGGAUGCACAGGGAGCCAGAUGGAUGGAGAAACAUGGCUUCGAGAGGCCCAAGUACUUUAUCCCACAUGGCAAAGAUCUAUUGGCAUUGGAACAGAGCAAGACGUUCUACAAGCCAGAUUGGUUUGACAUCGUGGAGUCUGAAGUCAAGUGCUGUAAAGAGGCUGUGUGUGUCAUCGACAUGUCCUCUUUUACUAAAUUUGAAAUAAUGUCCCCUGGGGCACAAGACUUUGAGCUUCUGCAAUACCUCUUCUCCAAUGACCUGGAUGUGCCUGUGGGCCACAUUGUGCAUACGGGCAUGCUCAACGAGGGUGGCGGCUAUGAAAAUGACUGCAGCAUAGCUCGGCUUAGCAAGAGCAGUUUCUUUAUGAUUUCUCCCACUGACCAGCAGGUCCACUGUUGGGCCUGGCUCAAGAAACAUAUGCCUGAGAAUAGCAGCCUGUUUUUAGAGGAUGUGACCUGGAAGUACACUGCUCUCAAUCUGAUUGGCCCCCGUGCUAUGGAUGUUCUCUCUGAGUUAUCUUAUGCCCCUAUGACUCCAGACCAUUUUCCAUCCCUCUUUUGCAAGGAGAUGAGUGUGGGUUAUGCAAACGGAAUCAGAGUGAUGAGCAUGACUCACACAGGAGAGCCUGGGUUUAUGCUAUAUAUUCCUAUAGAGUACGCCCUGCACGUGUACAACGAGCUGAUGAGUGUUGGGCAAAAAUACGGAAUCCGAAAUGCUGGCUAUUACGCUCUUCGAAGUCUUCGCAUUGAGAAAUUUUUUGCCUUUUGGGGUCAGGACUUAAACCCAUUCACAACACCCUUGGAGUGUGGACGAGAAUUUCGAGUGAAAUUGGAUAAGGGAAUGGAUUUUAUUGGUCGUGAUGCCCUGUUGCAGCAAAGGCAGAAUGGAGUGUACAAACGCUUCACUAUGUUCAUUCUUGAAGACCAUGACACAGACCUGGACCUCUGGCCCUGGUGGGGAGAGCCCAUUUAUCGGAAUGGGCAGUAUGUUGGCGUGACCACCAGCAGUGCCUACAGCUUCACUCUGGAGCGCCACAUCUGCCUUGGUUUUGUGCACAAUUUUAAUCAGGAGACUGGGGAGAAGCUAGUGGUGACCCCUGAUUUCAUUAACCGUGGGGAAUAUGAAAUCGACAUUGCGGGGCAACGCUUCCAGGCCAAGGCCAAACUUUACCCGUUCAGCUCCCUUUUUACUUACAAACGAAGAAAGGAUGAGAUAGAAAUGAGUGACUUGCAGGGAAAGUAAUCCUAGUAGGGAAGCCUACUGCCUUCCUCUUCACACUAGGAUUACCUACUAGGAUCAUUUUGCCAGCUGCUUCUUCCUUCCUACAUUGUUUCCUAUUCUUUCUCCAUUUCUUAAUUAUGAAGGUUAUUUUCAAAAUCUUGAGACUGUUUGAAACUUAGCCUACAUUAACAGUUUUUAGCUUUGAAAUCUUUUUCAUCUUUUCUUCUUUAAGUACCCUAUCCAGUACCCCCUCCACUUUCUUUCAGUCCCCCGAGCCCCCUAACCUUAGGUUGGCAGAUGGCAUAUGGUACACUUGAUAGUCUGAAUAGGAACAAAGAUCCAUUCAGCAGCAAUAGUUGCACCAUUGUAGCUGCCCUUUGAAGAGCAGCAGUCUGAUUCCAAGUACUUUGCUCUGUCCUUGCCACCUACAACCAAGAACACCUGAUAUUUGCUGGCUUCUACUUUAGCAUGAACCCUUCUCUUUCUGCUCGGGCAUUCUACAUACCACUUCAAUGGAGUGGCCAGAUCUCAUACCCACUAGGGCUGCAUCCAGACAAUGGCUCGAGGAGAUGAUCCUCUUAGGCAGUUCACUGGGGAUACUCCGAUUUACAUUUUCCUCAUGUACAUUGUGCAGAGGGGUUUGGUGCAAUGACACACUGAGCAAUAGAACGAUCAGCUACCUCAUUGGUGUGAGACUUGGCAAGGGUUUUAUUCGAGUAGUGUCAGAAAGAGGCGGCCUCCAACUUGGUGUUCGGGUUCUCUCUUUUAAGGAGCAAUUGAAGAGAUGUGCCCAGGGACGGUAUCCCCGUCAAUGAAUGUCAAAGAUGCUGUUUUUCUUUCUCAAAAGUUUAGUCCCCCCUUCUUGAUUUUCUUUUCUCCAGUUGUGCUGCACUUUCUUUUUCACUAGUUCAACCUUACUUGGCCUGUCUGUAGUAAUAAAAGCUUCUGAUCCUUUGAGGGAAAAUCAGCUGGAAUUAUCUGUGUGUGAGUCCAGUAGUUACACCUUGCCAGCCAUGCCAAGUAAUAGCCAUACGUUUGAUCCACUUUGCUCCAUUGAAGAGGGAAGUAUCCUCUCCAGUAACUUGAGCCUGCCUUCCCAUCCUCUUCUCCCUCUAGGGAAUCACUCCAUUACUCAUUCAGUUGUCUUAUUUCUACUCCCGUAGCUGAGUCAAGGCUGGGAAAACGGAGCAGGAGGAGAGGAGUGUCUCACAACCAAAGAACAAAACAACAGAUAGAACUGUUAGGAAAGACUUUCGAGACCAGAGUCUGGGAGUUGGGAGGAAGGUGGAAGAGCAAACAUGGGCAGAAGGGCUUUUCUGGAGUGAUAUUCCAAAGGCCAGGCAGAGCAUGUUUUACUUGGUCUUGAGGAUGGUACCAUUGGAUAUGGGUAGCAUGCUGCUCCUAUCUGGAGAUUUUGCACUAAUUUAAGUUCUUUCUUUGUACAUAGAAGUUUGGACUUUCCAGGAUUGUAUGUAUGCGUGUCUCUUUCCCCUAAGAGAGGCCUCGCCCACCCCCUUCCCAGCAGGGGUCGAUAAAGUUUAGCAGUUGCAUUAUGACAUCGCUUCACUGCUUGGAAAGAAAAAUAGAAAAGAGGCAGCUGUGCAGUCAUCCCAAAAGCAUUCAGUUAGAAACUUAUCUGGCAAAAAGGAUACUUGGCUUGCUUGUUUUUUUAGUUACUGUUCCUCCUCAUAUCCCUGGGCAGGAAGGAGCAUCCCCUUCUCACAGAUAAGAAAACCCAAGGAGGGGAGAAACCAGAAUGGGCCAGCGGGGGACUCCCCCACCCCCAUACUUUGGCCUCCUAGUCUGCUGUGCUUGUCUUUAAAAUCAGUCCACUUCUUUUCAUUUGGAGGGAGGUCCAGACCACCUUUAGUUGGGGCUUCUGAAGACCAAGACGUUAUUUUUUCAGUAAUUUGGGAUUUUCCCUUUGUCCAGCUGUAGGAAAGGCUUCUUAGGGAGUGAAAUCUGAGAUGCUUGUUCAUUUGGGUGCAGGCUUCUUGUGGAACAGAUUCAGGGCCAGGAGUGGCUAGUGGACCCGUCCAUGGCAGAACAGGUUAGCUCCCUUGGAACAAAAAGGCCUCGUGGACAUGAUCCUGUUAAAAGGAGAUCUAGGGGGCAGCUAGGUGGCAAAGUGGAUAGAGCACCGGCCCUGGAGUCAGGAGGACCUGAGUUCAUAUCUGGCCUCAGACACUUAACACUUACUAGCUGUGUAACCCUGGGCAAGUCACUUAACCCCCAUUGCCUCACCAAAAAAAAAAAAAGAGAGAUCUGGAUCCCAAGGGCUCAAGAUGGCCAAAGCAUCAUCUCACCCCACUGUCCCAUCAGACUGCCCCUGGCUCAGGGCGUCUGAGGGAGCUUGGUGCUGUCUGUGCAGAGAGAGUUCAGCUCAGCUCUUGGGUUAACAGGCUGUGCUCCAGCAGCAACAAAGUCAGUCCAACCAGAGUCUUCUGAGGUUCCCCUUCAGUUUGGGUGUGGUCACGUCCUUCUUGGUUAUCUUCCUUUUUGCAAAUGCACCAAUGUUCUCUCAGGUACAGAGAACAUUUGGGGCUCACGUGAACACACACGGUUGCAUGUCUUCUGCGAGCCUCCUUUCCAUUCAGGCCUGUGCAUCUGGGUCUGCCUUCUUGUUGCAUAAGUCAUUUGCUUUGGGAAUCUGAACUUCAGCCAGAGGGUAUUCGGUUUGCUUGGCAGAUUCCUCUCGCUGUGCUAAGAGGCUAAGAGACACUGAGGUCAAGGAACAGGAUGACUUACUAGUGCAGAAAGGUUUGAAAAGACAAAGUACUUUGUGAUUCAGAGUGAAUUUUACUGACUCAUCACAAUCAUAGAAUUGAAUAUUGCUUGCUGUGGUAAAUCAGUCUCUUGAUGGAAGCUGGGAAGGGUUUAAGGAAAACAAGUUGCUUAAUCUUUUCUGGAUAGUUUGACUGCUAUCAGUAUCCCAGAUUGUUGGCAACAAGUGCACUGUGAUGACAAAAUGAAGUCCCUGCAAUAGAACCCCUUUCUUCUUCCCAGAGUAGCUCAAUUCUUAGUCACUCUCUGGAGGAAUGUUCUUUACUUUUGCAUUAGUGCACAGACUGGUACAUCAUUUAUAUCUUGAUGUAUUCAGAGAGAUCAGAUGACAACAAAUAACGUGUGUGACCUAUACUUAUGUUAUCACUAAAAUGCAGAGAUUGUAUUUGUCUUAACUUUUCUGAUAGAGGAAGAGAGAACAAUGUCCUUUUGACCUGGACUAAGGUCUCUAGGCUAAUAAGGGUUUCUACUUCCAUGAACCGAAGUGUGGGUAUAAAAUCCAUUGGAACCUGAAAGAAGAUCCACAUGAGCAGGGUGUUUGUGCCCCACAAUCAAUAAUUAUAUGUAGUCUCUAGUAUUUCACACUCAUUCUCUGUGUCAUAAGAUGAACUUUCAAGAUUCAUUGCUCUGAAAAUAUCCCGGCUUUCAGGUAUUUGGACACUCUUAAGUCUUUAAUUGUUAAAGAAAACAUCAUAAUUACUGUAUCAGAUUGAAUGAAAGUUCACAUUUGUGCAAUUAACUUUUUUUCUGUGCAGAAGACAUGGGCCAAGCAUUCUCCAAAAGGCUUUGCUUAUCUAAACAGAUGGGAUUAUAAUCUAAUGCUCUGUACUCACAGGCUUCUAGUGCCACAAAGCCCCUCAUUUUUUUCCUUAAAUGUUUUAUCAUAGUCACACUUGUUAUUUUGAGAGUUCCUCCCUCACCCUCACGCCUUUUUCCCCUGCACACUAAGAUUCCAGGAACUUUUGUCACUCCCUUACCCCCAGUUAUGACUAAAUCCUAAGAAGAAAUUUGGCCUGUCUAUUAAGGAACACCACUUGUAUUGAUUCUGGGUGGGGGCAGGGAGGAAAUGGUUUUGUUUACGUGUUAGCAUCAAAUUUUUGGUGAGUGCACAAUUUCUCAGGUAUGUUACUAAGAAACAAGACAACCUUGAACCUCGAGAGCUGCGUAGUUAUUAGACAAUCCCAGUGCUAGCCAGGUUUCCUUGAAUUGGUGUAUGAGCUUUUGUGUCGCAGCCACAUCAGGCUGAAACAACGACUACCAUGUUGUUCUCUGAUUUAAUGACAUAAUUCUGAAAUUGGCACAACAGGCACUUUUUUUUUUCCAGAAGAAUAGAACCAAGUAGUUUAAAUUUUGUAACCCCCAACACAGUUCCCCACAGUACUCUAAGGUCAUUCUUAUGUUUUUUCCUAGAAGACGCUGUUGCUUUACUUACUGUCUCUUCUUGUUUCAGAAAGAGAAAUACCCUUGACCUUUGUGUGAUCACAUUAACCCCAGGUAAUAGGGGGAUAAAGGUAUAAUUGGUUAUGCCAGGCGUGGGCGGGCAGCUGUCCUCUUCCUUGACCAUCAAACUUAAGGACUUUGGCAGUUCCCCUAAAUGGCACAACUGUUAAAGGUGAAUCCAUCAAUAAUCUCUUGGUACCAUCUCUGUCCCUCCUACAGCAUGGAGAGUACAGCUCUCCAGCUAAGUAGAAGCAGGUAAGUUUUCUCAGUAGUAAGGCAUGAAUAUCAUUUUGAUCUCUCUUGGGCUGCCUCUUUACACACUAUAGUCCACAAGGGGGCUUUUAAGAGACGCAAGGUACAAGUUCUGUUGAUGGCUAAUAGAAAGGGCUCCCUCUUGAUAUCAGUGUCGUGAUACGGAGACUCCCUGGCAGGAAAGCAUCAUCUAGCCUGUUUUCUGCCAGAUGGCUUUAGAAUAAACAAGUUGCCCCAUACCCAUCAUCUAACCCCACAACAAAAAUACGGUAAAAUGAGUUUUGAAAUCUACCCGUCUUGUUAUAAAACUCAGUUAAGUAAUGAACCUGCUCCGUGUCUUCAGAACCCCAACCAUCACCGAGUUGGGCCCUUGGUUUAAGGUGCUAAAAUCACUAGGCUCCUUUCGUGAAUGAGGGCUUUGCCUUUUAGUCGUUCUUUGCUGGUCUUUUCUCCAUCGAGCACCAGAGCUACCCUUUGGGUGGUCUGUCAAGUUGGGCAAAAUGAGACACACCUUCUUGGACCACUUUGCUUAUUCUCUGUGAACAUCCCUACGUUUCAUUCUUCAGCCUUCUCCUGCCUGCUCCUAAGGACGUGGCUGACUCUGUUAUGAGAACCGGCCAGUGUUUCCCCUACAGACAAGAAUGAGCACGCAAAAAGCUUGCGCUCUCGUCGCUAUUUUCUAGUGCCUUACACGGGGGAGGUGGCCAGCACAGAAACUCCAUUUCAUUCUGAGUCUCCAUGUACCUUCCUCCUCAUAGCCACGUUGCUCCAUAGCAGGAAGAAAAAAGCUUUCCACAGAUGUAUUUGAAUGAACAUUGUUCUAGGAGCACAAUUCAUGCUUGAACUAUCCCUUGGUCAUAUAAAAUACCAUUGUAAUUACUGUAAAGUAUCGUAUUACAUUUCAUUUGUGCAGAGCGGUGAAACCCAGCCAUGUCCGGCAGGCUUAGAGUGAGAACAUGAUCCCCAAAACACAAAGCACUUUAGCAAAUUGGAAUCCUUUGGUCCACUGACUUGUGGACCCUGUCCACAAGGCUGGGUUAGCUGAACAUUGUGCACUGUGCUUAUAUGGAGUUGUAUUUCAAUGAAGAUUUUCUGGUCUGUUCACAUAUCACAAUGUUUCUUUAUGAAUAAACAAGCAUUUAAUUACUCUA